AUGUCAGAAUGCCUAAACUAUUUCAAGAAAACUCUAUGUUCAAUUAACCCAAACAAACUGUUUUGUAUUCCAAGCUGGAUUCCGAAGUUAUCCGAUCCUAUCGUAAACUUUGACCUUCAACCCCCAACAUAUCGCCAAGUUACAAACAUUAUUCGCAGAAUGAAAGCUUCUGGAUCGCCUUGUCCUCUAGAUCAACUUUCAAUCAUUUGCUUCAAACGUUGUCCAUUCUUGCGCACUUAUCUAACCGAAGUGAUUCGUAGCGUCUGGUCUUCGAAAUCUGUACCCGCUGAAUGGAAAAAAGCGUGUUCUAUUCUUAUCCACAAAAAAGGCAAUACAAGUGACCCCUCCAAUUUCCGCCCAAUUACUCCAGAAACUAUACAACUAAAAGUGUUUACCUCUUGUCUCCGCAAUGCUAUGUUCUCGUUCCUAACUGCUAAUAACUUUAUUGAACAUCAGAUUCAAAAAGGUUUCACUCCCAAUCUGUCUGGCACUCUGGAACACACUGCUCAAAUGACAAAUAUUAUCAACCAAGCGAGAAUAAAGCAGCGCUCUGUUCUCAUCAUCCUUCUCGAUCUCAAGAAUGCUUUUGGUGAAGUGCAUCAUAAUCUAAUUCAAUCUGUCCUCGACUAUCAUCACAUUCCCAAAGACGUUAGUGAAAUAAUAAAGAGCUUGUAUACGGACUUCAAUACUGCAUUUAUAACAUCAGAAUUCUCCACCCCAUUUAUAACUGUCGGUCGUGGAGUCCUUCAAGGAGACUGUCUUAGUCCUCUGAUUUUUAAUAUGUGCAUCAAUACCUUUAUUCAACAUAUAAAAACUGACAAAUACCGGCAAUUUGGUUUCAUUACAAAUCUUUUAAACCCAGUCCAUUGGUUCCAGUUCGCUGAUGAUGCUGCGGUAAUAAGCGGUCAAGAUUCAGAAAAUCAACAUCUUUUAAAUCGAUUCUCGAUCUGGUGCCAGUGGUCUAACAUGAUUGUCAGGGUUGAUAAGUGUUCAACAUUUGAGAUCAGGAAAAGUCUCACAAAAUCUAUCCAAUAUUUACCUAAACUUCUGAUUAACAAUGAAUUGAUACCUGCCACUAAAAUUGGAGAGUCGUUUCGAUACUUGGGGAAAUAUUUUGACUUCAGUAUGUCCGAAAAAGAACACAAACAAGAGCUAAUCACUCUCAUGGACGACAUUAUGUCUGAAAUUGAUCUCAAACCUUUGCACCCAAAAAUAAACUUUUGCUUUAUAGUCGUUACCUCCUAUCCAAACUUUCCUGGCAUUUCACUGUAA